GAUGAUCUUUUGCGACACAUGCGGACUCAAAAGACAACAGUACGUCAUGCUAGGGGGAUUGUUGUUGGAUGUGCUGAUGCGGGCAAAACAACACUUUUAUACAGUCUUAUGGGGAAACGUCUUGAAGAAAUGAAAAAAAUAAAAUCAACUAGAGGGCUACAAGUAUACGAACAUAUAUUUUCUGUGAAAGAUGAGUCUUUAAUAGCUACAGAAAAUCUUUCUCGCAAUCCCUUGAUCAGAGUACCAAAAUCUUCACUUACUGUGAAAAAUGAUUUAAUAGAAGAUUCCCCUCAAGAUAUGGCAGUCAACACAGAAAAUGAGACUGGUGAAUUAGGAGUUGGGAAAGAGGGUACUGUUAAACCUCCCGUUAACCCUCCAUAUAUCUCAGAAGAUAGGUCGAAUAGUGUCUCAAGCAAUGCUUUAGUUGCUGGAACACUGUCACCGGAGGUAAUAGAAAAGAUAUUGGACGCACAGGAGAAUGAGAUAAGUGUCAGUAUGAUCGAUUUUGCUGGACAGUUUGCUUACUAUGCAUGCCAUCAGAUUUACAUGAGAUCUGAUGCUUUCUAUAUCCUUGUGUUGGACAUGACAAAGAACUUUGAAGAUGUCAGCGGCAACCAAGAACAACAACCAAGAUCCGUUUUUUCUACUUGGACUUAUAAAAGGUAUAUAGAAUUCUGGCUGGAUUCCAUCAAAUUAUUUAGCGGUCCUGAAGCACCAGUACUUAUUGUUAUCACACAUGCAGAAGGAAAAACUGAAGAUGACAUAGAGAAAUUUUUUGAGGGUUUGUGGAGAUUACUACCACGAGAGGACAGGCUAUGGCUCUCUGAGUUUUCCAGCAAAGAGGAAGACGAAUUCGCAUUCGGACUUAUAGAAAUGAAUGAAAAGGAAAAAUUACAGGAUUUACAGUCGUUGAAAAACGCAAUUGUGGACAUUGUAUCGGAUAAACUGAACACAAAAAUUCCAGUUCCCUCGUCUUGGGCCCUACUGGAACACCUCCUAAAAGAUACUGGAAAACCAAUCAUUUCAUUUGAUGAAAUUCAAGAAUUGAAUAAAAAACUCCCUGAGGAAUAUCGCCUAGAAAGCAACAAAGAAGUUCCACACUUUCUAUCGUUCUUCCAUUCUCAUGGAUUGUUUUUGUAUUUCCAUGGAGAAGCUACGCGAACGCAUGUAAUUCUUGGCAUUCAAUGGUUCUCUAAUGCAUUUUCUAAGCUUAUAGCGGACAAGAAGCACAUUAAUAAAGACUGCCGGCGACAACAUUUAGAAGAAUGGGAGCAUUUUAAUCAGACAGGAGAGCUUUACAGCACACUAGUUGAUGCUCUUUGGAAAGACGAAAAAUCAGACAUACACAACACAGUAUCAUUCAUCAGAUACAAAAAUGAGCUAAUGGCUUACAUGGAGAGACUCCGAAUGUUGGUUACUAUUGGUGAUAUUGAUAAUGCAACGUCUUGGUAUGUACCCUGCAUGAACAAAAAGGAAUUUGAUCAAAACAUUAUCAAACCGAAUUCAGAAGGCUCAUCAAUUUUGUGCUUUCGAUUCAUUUCCUUUGCAAUGUUUGUGUUUUAUAGGCUCGUAGCCUAUUGCAUGAGUUCCCUUAAAUGGAAUGUUGCAUCAGAUGAAGAUGGCAAAUGUCUUUUUCAAACAGCUGCGGUGUUUGAGUACAAAAACCACACUGUUAUGCUCCGUAUAUUCAAUAAAGAUAUUCAGUUGCAAGUAAUUGUCGAACCCAGCUCUUUGGUGAUAGAUACUGAUGUCUCCUGUGAAAUAGGUUCCUUAAUACAUAAUGCCUUAAACGAGCUCACAAAAAUAUUCUCUGAAAAGACAAAUGGGGGUUUCCAGAGGGGAUACAAAUGUCAAGAGAUGUCGUUUAUACCAGAGGAAGAACUUUGUAGAUUAAAUAAUGACAUCCAAUGUCCAUGUUGCCCUCUGGGGAGAAAACAUCCAGUAGACGUAUACGAAACAAGGAGAUUCUGGGAAAAGAUGAGGACGAGCGAUUUUUGCUUUGCAAUGGCUUCUGUCGCAGACCUUAGCGACCGAUCUAGAUUUGCAAAACUUGGAAUGGCUACAAACGAUGUGUUAAGUCAAGCGUGCAGAGACAUCCUAGAGCUAGAGAUACACCCUUCUCAUAUUUUUAACAAAGUGAAAGCGUCGCCUGUUUUUAAAAGAAUGCGCCCAGAGCAAGAACACCUUUUACUUGAUUCAAAAAAUUCUGGAUAUCAGAAUUUUGAUAUUUCAUUAACAUACACUUUGAUCAGAAACGUUUGUUCAAAGAUCCCUAAACCAUCAAAAGGAAAAUGGGGUGAGGAGCCUGAAACAGGAGACAUAACUGUUGGUGAUGAUAUUGAGAGAAUAAGGUCAAUCCGUAACAGUUUGACUGCACAUGUAUGCUCAGCUUCGACAUCGCAGACGGAAUUUGAUAACACCUGGUUGUUGAUAUCAGAUAUUUGCCAAAGGUUGGAAACCUUUCUUGGGAAGAAGUAUUUGGAUAAAAUUUAUUUCAUUCAAAAGCUGACCCUAAAAGAGGAAGAUGAAGAUGCUAUUAUUGAAAAAGUGAAAGAAGAAUGUGAGCGAGAAAAAUCACAAAAAGACAUGUUGCAUUCCCUCUUAUCGGAUAUGCAAGACAUUAAAAUGAUAUUGAAGCCUGAAGGGAAAGAGGCUCCGAAUCAUGACUCUUACUCGUAAAAUUCUUAAAAUCAAUAACAUAUUAAUAAACAUUAUUAAGAACGUAUCUUGACAUUUAUGUUAUCUGUAUUUGGAAUAUUAAUACUUUGGAUUUGUCAAAGCAAAAAAAAAAAAUCAUUCUAAAUCAAUAACAAUGGUCAGCAGUUAUAAGAUCAAUUAUUUUAAAGUAUUGAGUACAAUGAAUUACAAUUUUGAAUGUUGUUGCACAGGACCUAAAAGAACGUAACAGCUAUUAGAUUUGAAUUAUAGUCACAGAAGGAGGUUUUUUCGGUUACGUUUGAGAUAUCUUUUUUCCUCACCUAAGCCGAAGGCUCAAGUGUGCUUUUCUGAUCACAUUUUGUCCGUAGUCUGUCCGUCCGUCCGUCUGUAAACUGUUCACAUUUUCAACUUCUUCUCAAGAACCACUGGGCCAAUUUAAACCAAACUUGGUAAAAGCAUCCUAGGGGAUCGGGAGUUUAAAUUAUUAAAAUAAAGGGCCAGGUCUCCUUCCAAAGGGAGAUAAUCAAAAAGACAAAAAUAGGGUGGGAUCAUUAAAAAAUCAUCUCAAAAACCACUGGGCCAGGAAAGCUGAAACUUGUGUGAAAGCAUCCUGGGAUAAUGUAGAUUCCGAAUUGUAAAAAUCAUGACCCCCUGGGGUAGGGCGGGGCCAUAAUAGGAAAUCCAAUUUUUGCAUAGAAAGAUUUAGGUAAAAUCUUUAAAAAUCUUCUUCUCAAGCACCACUGGGCCAGAAAGCUGAAAUUCAUGUGAAAGCAUCUUCGGGUAGUGUAGAAUCUUAAUUGUCAAAAUACUUACCCCCGGGGUAGGGCGGUGCCACAAAAGGGAAUCCGAUUUUUAUAUAGAAAUAUACAGGAAAAUAUUUUUCUCAAGAACCCGUGGGCCAGGAAAGGUAAAACUUAGAACUUAGAUGGAAGCAUCCUGGGGUAGUGUAGAUUCUAAAUUAAUAAAAUCAAGACGGGGGAGGGGGGCACAUUAACACAGUUUAUAUGUACAUGUAUGUAUAUUAUAUGUAUGUUGAUGUCGUGUAUUUAUCCUAUGUUUAUCAUAUGUUUGAUCAUGUGUGUGUAUUUAUCUUCUCCAACAGGUAUGAGAGUGAGAGAGCUUGGUGUAUGUUUUUUGCAAUUACAUAAAUAAAUUUAAAAAAAAAAUAAUUCAUGAACAUGCGCCUAACAUGCGACCUGCAUGAAAUCUUAAUCAGAUCUCAAUAAUUUAAUUGUUAAAGCUCAAAAUUUGUCAUUUUUAUCAAAAGUUACAAGAAUCAACAUCAUAGGUGGCAUUUGAAUUAAAUCGUUCAUUUGGAAGUGAGUGACACGACUUCAUAUUUAGCUCAUUUUUUUCUUGACAUUUGUGUUUGAAGAUUUCAUUGAGUAAUGAAAUCUGCACAUUAUUUUAGAAACAAUGGUUUCCUUACCAUGUAAUUAUAAAUUUUCGCAUCUCAAAAUUUAAACAAUUGUAAAAAAAAAAUUGACAAAUUUUUUAUAUGGCUUAACUGUGAUCAACGGAAGCCCUUGACCAAAAUAACCAUCACCAUUAUUGAUUCGAAGUCUUUGCUUUCAUUUAAUUUCUGCCAUAAGAAUUUGUGGAUUACGGUUCAUAGGCGAUGCUUAAUGAUUCGAACCUUUUGAUAUGACUACUUUAUUCUGUUUUGCGUUUUAUAUUUUCUUGUCAAUAAGUUGAAAUUCAUUCGCGGAGAAUGAUGAUUAAACAUCUGCAGCACAGCAACAGUCAGCAUUGCCUGACGAUGGAUGAUAUUUCAAUACUGACUGUGCAAAAUUUAUGCGCGCAUUGUUAAUGAACUGAUAAUCAUUUCUACAUAAAAAAAAUUAGGUUUGAUUUGAAACUGUGGAAUAUUUAUUACUAUGACAGAAAGGUCGAAUUUUUGCGACAUUUAUCAUGGCCAAAAUAUCUUAACUUGAGAUUUUUUAUAAAACUAUGUAAAAAGAAUCAAAGAUGAAUAACAUGGAGUUAAGUGAAUUCUUCUAUCAUGUGUACAUAUUAUAAACAUUUAUUUUGUGGAAUAAUUAUUGCUUUGACAGAAGCGUUGGCUUGUUGUGCCAUUUGUCAUACUCGAAUAUUUUAAAACAUAAGUUUUGUUUUUUUUUUUUUACAUCCAGGAACGAUUUGUCCCCAGGAGAAGUAUUGAACUUCUAUUUUUUUCCUUUGAGCAUAAUUUGCCAUAUGCUCAUUAGACUUAUUCCUUUGGAGUGCAUAUAUAAUUAUAACAUUUUUUUAUUUGGAUUUUACCAGCUAGUAAUUUUAUUUUAGUGCGUUUCAUUUAUACUUUGUUUUAA